CUGCGCUUCCAUAUAAACCCCACCCAGCCAGCCCCUAGCGCAGACGGCGGAGAGCGGAGAUGGAGCGCGCCUUGGCCCGCUGGCCUCGGCUGCAGCUCCUCGGGAGAACCGGGGCGCCCACGCGAGACUCUCCCCACCUGGGUCUCUUCAGGGAUGACAUCACCUGUUCACCUCCUUGUCUUCAAGGACCACCUCCAGAUGCCACGCUGCUGCCAAGGUGCUCGCUGAUCACCUCCCCCUGAUGAGGCCACUAGGAGCUCCGACCCCUGGAUGGCACCAGCAUACAAAGCAGCCACUGGCAGAGACCACCCCCCCACGCCCACACCACCAGGACGAGGAUGACUGAGGAUGAAGAGGACCAGAACCGACCAGCCAGCUCUUCCCUCUUGGCCGAAUGUUUAAACCAAUGCCCUAGUGAGGGGGCAUUGGUCAUUAACCCCUGACCUUUGCUAUGCUUAUGCCUUGAUGCUAUGAAUACUUUUCUAUAAGUCUCUACUUGUGUUCACUUGCCAGCGACCUGGAGUGUUUCCCUCCCCAAGGAGUUGUCAGUCUUUCUCCGAUGACAACCCCCUUGUUGCCUGUAUGAUGUACUGAACGGAAGGAUCCCUUUGGGAACUUCUCAAGAGGGGGACCUGGGCCAAGGGCUCGACCAGCAUCUCACUGGCAAUUCCAAGGCUCGGGGUGGGCUUCUGGAAUGAGCAUGUGCUCUGACGCCUGGCUACCGAACUGCCAAGGGCCUCCCCACCUCUCCCCACCUCUUCUCAGAUCUCCCUGUUCUUUCUGGGGAAUGGGGACAAGAAGAGCAGCCUCCCAGGGUUGUUCGCUCCAGGCAGCCCCUGUCCACAGGGCUCUCCUUGAAGCAGCCAAGCUUCUCGAAAGGCCUGUCUACACUUGCUGUCUUCCUUCCUCACCUCCAAUUUCCUCUUCAACCCACUGCUUCCUGACUUGUUCUGCUCCGUCGAACGACCCUACCUCAGGUCAGCCCUGUCCCCGACACAUCGCCUGGGCUAGCAGAAGAACCCGAUGGAAGAGGCCAGAACAGCCCCCAGAGGACUGCCGCCCUGCACCAGGGAGCCCGCCAAGCUGCCUGUCGCCAGUCCCGUGCCUCUCCACUUCCACCCGCUUUGGGCUGAAGACGCCAUCUGGAAUCAUCCACGGAAGGAGAGACCUCGACAUGCCACCCAGCACCCUCAGGUGUUCAGAUCUUUCUCCUGCUAGACUGUGAGCCCCUGAAGGGCGAGGAGCUUGCCAGAUUGAUCUUUGUACCCCCAGUGCCUGCUGUGGUGUGGAUGGCGCAUGGUGGACGGAUGGGUGAAAGCGUGAGUGCUGAAUGUGACUGGCUUUCCUGGGGUCGAGCUGCUUGAGCGGAAGGCCGGGGAGUUUGUGUGGGUGUUGACUGAUUUCCGAGGGCCUAGACCAUUUUACAAUGUCCAGCAAUGUAUUAGCAUUUUGUUAAGAUAUUGCUAGUUUCUCUCUGUUAAACAGUGCUUUUCUGUCAUUUUAACUUGCAUUGCUUUGAUUACUAAUGAAGGUUGAGCAUUUUCACGUAUCCUUGUUAACCAAUUGUAUUUUCUCUUCUGUGAACUGUUUGUCCAAGUCCAUUGGGUCAUGGCUUUCUGGUGAGACUGGUCAAGGAUGGAAUGGGAGGGGAUGUAGUGAGCCCUCUGUCACAGGAGGCAUUCAAGGGGCAGGCUGGGCAGACCCUUGAUGGGGGUAGUUUAAAGGGGAUUCACAUAGCAGGUAUGGGGGUGGGUCUAGAUGGUCUUGGAGGUCUAUUUGACUAGGAUUUGCUUCUUCUUGGAGAUGGGGGGUGGGGACAUUUUCCAUUUGGCAGCCUGACAACAUUUAAGAUCAUAUCCCCUGGGUGGGUUCAUGCAUUUAUGACUUAUAAGCUGCACUGCACCCUCUGGAACUCUCCUGGGACAGGAAUAGCUCUUUGAUCCUCUGAGGUCCAGAGAACCAUGCCUAGCAUCUCGGGCCCUGAGCUGGUGGCUUCCCACCAGCCCUGACACCCAGCCCUGUUUCCUUUUGAGGGAGCCAGCCCCCUGGACCGUCAUUUACCGCCUCGUAGGGAAUCAGGAGAGACCAUCUGCUGUCCUUAGCAUUCCCAGUGUCCUGUGAUAUGUCAGCAAAUGUCCCUGAGUCCUUAGAUGGAUGGGACAUAUUGGAUCGGGAUUGGUGGAGAACCCUUCAGGUUUUCUUCAAUGGGGCGAUUAAAUUCUGUGAUCCAAGGAGCAGAUUGGACCCCAUGGUCUUCUGGGGUUUCCCCUCAUGCCCCACCACAAACUAACCUGGGCUCAAAGGCCAUCGAGACCAUUUGGGGAGGGUGUGUCACCCACGGAGGGCUUGCCCCCCCUUCCAGAACACACCCUGCUGCUUCCCGCCGAGCCCUCUACUACAGCACUCAACGCUGUUUGCCUGCGUCAGAAUGAGUCACACACCUGUCUGUCCCAGCAUCGAGGCUUGGGAGGCCAGCAGUGACUGCCAGCGUUGAUUUAACCCAUCCGUCCAUUCAUCUGCGCACUUGGCCUCCAUUUCUUGACCUGGUGCUUUGGCCUCUCCCUUCCCUGAAAGCAAGCCUUUUCAUCUUGGGGGGGCUGUGCAGCGCCAUGGGCUGUGGUCAUGAAGCGAACACCCUUAUUAGAGCUUUCUCCUCCGGGGUCACUGCUCUGAGCACGUCCCAGCUGGACUCAUCCGCCACCAUCACCCAUACAGCUUUCUGUCCCCAUGGCGCUUUCCCAGGCAUCACCCACCGCGGCGGAUCCGGGGCCGGGGUCCGAGAGGGCCCCCCGCCGGUGAGCGGAGGAGUCCUCCCCAGGCCGCCCUGCCUGGUGCAUGGUCCCUGCCACGAGCUUUGCCUUCAGCCUCCCUGCUUCUCCACCAGACGGCAGUGGUUGUAACUCACCCCUUCAUUCCUUCAUCUCUUCAUUCCGUCACAGUCCACACCCCAUUUUUUCAAGUUAGCCGGUGCUGUACUGGAGCUGGCUCCCAGGGACUCAUCCCAAUUAUCUCCUUCUGGAAGAAAAGACGAGCCCGUCUGCAAGGGGCUGCGUCUUUGUGUCAGCAGAAGGCUUGACCCUUGGCUCAGCAUCCCCAGCUUCAAGACCCAAGUUCCAUGGGAAGCUGGAUUGCCCUCCCUGACUUUGUUCCUUACAAAACUAGGUUGAUUGGUAAUCAGCAAAGUGUGUCCCCAGGUGUUCAGAAAUCAUAACCUGUGUCCUUAAGAGGCCAGAGUGACGGCUAGGGGGUCUGAGAUGGACGGCUGCUUCUGGCCGUGAGCUGGCUUUUAAGUCAUUAAGAACCCUGGUCUUGCCCGGUGGUGAUCCUAGAGCCAUUCCUGUCCCUUUCGAAAUUAGUUAAUGGUGGGUUCUGUUUAGAGAAAAUUGGGAGAUAUGAUUGCACACAGAGGUGACCGGGUUCAUGCCCUGUGCGGGGAUCUGCUCGGAAUGAUCUGUUGGCAGACCUGGGCAUCCAACACACGUGGUGCUUCGCAAACCUGGACAUGCCCCUGGUGUUGACGUGGGUCCCAGGCCGGGGGGGACCUCUGCCCCCUUUAGCUCACUGCUGCCCUUAUGGAACAAGGCAGAAGUCUUGGGGCCUCUGCUUAGAAUUCUGUGGUUUAUUCAUUGCAUUGGAGAGAGGGCGUAGUGGGCAAAGCCAGGACCCCGGAGCUGGACAAACGUGUGUGGUUUAAACUGACCGUGACAGCUUGAGUCUGUCUUCUGGGGGGACAACGGCACCCACCUCGCAGGGCUGUUGUGAGGAUUCUUGUAACCAAGGCUUUGAACUGGGUUUCUGACCAGGCGGUGUGCGUGCCCCCGGGGGGCUGCUGGGGGUGGAUGGCAGGCCGAGCGGGGGGACAGCCUGACUCAGCAGGUUAGCGGGAAAUCGCUUUGCCAGAUGGGCAGCGGGCAUCGUGGGAUGGGGUGCUAAGUUGGCAUGGCGUCGUGGGUUAGAUAGAAGUCAUUCUGGCAGGGACCUUUAUGCCAGGGGAUGGGGGCCUCUUUGGGCAACACCCUUGCCCCCCUGGGGUACGUGUUCACGCUCACCUCUGUAAAAGGUUGGAAGCACCCACUGGGUCUUGCCUACCGCUGUGUCUGGCCUGUGGGCGGCACUUAACACACAUGCCUCCUUCCAUAAGAGAUCUCCUUAGCAGUGCCCCCUCCCUGCCCUGCCCCGCUACCGCCCACCGAAAUAUUAGGUACCGGCCAUCAAAGACACUGCCACGUCCCCUCUCUCAAUUACCAACAUUUGGGCUCAAAUGCCAGCAGCCCGGGUGCCUAACACAGUACCAAGCCAGUGGUAGGGGUCACCUUCCAUUUUUGUUGACUGGACGCAUGGGUGAAUGGCCAAACCACAAACUGUAACCAAACGCCAGUGGCAGAUGUUAAAACCCUUCCUAAGAGCUUAUAUUUCACUCCUGAUUAACCUGUUAACAAUUGUUGAAUUGUAUCUUACGGACUUCUGUAUGACGUGUGUUGUCAGAAAACCAGGAUUCUCGUUUGGGGUUCCGUGUGAUGAAACUUCAGCCGUCUGUGUACUGUGUUAGAAAUUAGAACCUGGCAGACCCCCUCCCCAGGGGGGGGGCACCUAGCGAACUGGGCAGUGCUGAGCGAGUCACUUCUCCUCUUUGACCCUCAGUCUCCUUUUCUCUGCUGGGUCACCAGAAAGCUCCUUCCACUGGGUGGUUGUGAGGCCAGGGGCUAGGUCCAUUACAACAGAGCUGAUCAAACUCUGGCUCUCACUGGGAAUGGUCGAAUGCUGAGGGUUGUCUGGAAAGUUCCGAACCUUUGCCGGUUGUG